CGAGCGCGCGGCUGGGAGCGGGAGCGGGAGCGGAGCGGGGCGGGGGCGGCCGCGGCCCCGCAGACCCCCAUCCCGUCGAGGAUGAUCGGGGGGGCCCCGCGAGCCCCCCAGCAGCCCAGGGGUGCUGAGAGCUGAGCUGUGGGUCCCUGCACUGUCCUGUGUGUGUGUGUCCCCGCCCCCCCCCCAAGAUGUCCUACUUCACUGAGCACUUUUGGGGCGAGAAGAACCACGGCUUCGACGUGCUCUACCACAACAUGAAGCACGGGCAGAUCUCCACCAAGGAGCUGGCUGACUUUGUCCGGGAGAGGGCUGCCAUUGAGGAGAACUACGCCAAGGCCAUGGUGAAACUGUCCAAGAUGGCCACUAACGGGACUCAACUGGGGACUUUUGCACCCCUCUGGGAGGUUUUCCGCAUCUCCUCGGACAAACUGGCCUUGUGCCACCUGGAGCUGAUGAAGAAGCUGCACGACCUCAUCAAGGAGAUCUCCCGCUACGGCGAGGAGCAAGGCCGGGUGCACAAGAAGUCCAAGGAGGAGGUGUCAGGGACACUGGAGGCCGUCCAGCUGCUGCAUGGGGUGGCCCAACUGCUGCCCAAGUCCAAGGAGAGUUACCACAGCAAGUGCCAGGAGUACGAGCGGCUCCGCAAAGAGGGCACCAGCCAGAAGGAGAUCGAUAAGGCAGAGCUCAAGUCCAAGAAGGCUGGCGAGGCGCUGCGGAGGGCGGUGGAGAAAUACAACGCUGCCCGUGCUGACUUCGAGCAGAGGAUGUUGGAUUCGGCCAUGCGCUUCCAGGAGGUGGAAGAAGCCCAUUUACGCCACAUGAAGGGACUCAUCGGCUCCUACUCCCACUCAGUGGAGGACACUCACGUCCAGAUCGGGCAGGUGCAUGAGGAAUUCAAGCAAAACGUGGAGAACAUUGGCACCGAGAUGCUGCUGCGGAGGUUUGCUGAGAGCAAAGGCACAGGGAGAGAGCGGCCAGGAGCGUUGGAUUUUGAGGAGUACCGACUGGCCCCAGUGCAGGAAGGACCCAAGAGGAGCCGGAGUAAAGCUUUCCGUAUCCCUGGGCUGAGCCGUAAGGAGAGGGAUCGGGAUGCUGUGGAAUCUCCAGAUGCUGAGGUGGGCUGCCCGGAGGUGGAUGAGGAUGGGUUCACCGUACGUCCUGAUGUCACCCACACCGAGGCAGAGAACCACGUGUGCUCCUCCAGCGACUCUGACUACGAUGAGGACGAGCCCCGUAAGUUCUACGUGCACAUCAAACCGGUGCAGCCCCGGGAGGCAGCUGACAGCGCCGAGGCCACCAUGGAGCAGCUCAAAGCCACUGUGGGGAACCUCAUCCUGCCCCCCAGCAUUGGGGGCACGGUCAAGCGACAGUCGUCACGGCACGUGGCAUCUCUGACCCCAGCCCCAAGUGACACGGACCCUGAAGGGACACUAGUGGCAGGUGAUGCUGCAGGGAGGGGGUGUCCAGCAGCACAGGUGAACAGUGGCCCUGCCAAGGCUCCCCCGGCCUCGGUGCCCCCCGCUGCUCUGUUCGGGCCCCCCCUGGAGUCAGCUUUCGAAGCAGAGGAUUUCCCAGCCCCCCGCACCUACGUCCUCACCUCCUCCUCCUCCCCCUUCUCCUCCUCCUCCCCGGAGAACGUGGAGGACUCAGGUUUGGACUCACCCUCACACCCUGCACCUGGACCCUCCCCAGACUCCAGACCCUGGAGCCCGCAGCCAGGGACGCCGCAGAGCCCCCUCCCCAAGCGGGGCGACCCACCGGAGCCCUCCUCGCCUCCGGCAGCGCCCUCCAGCAGCCGGGACCCCGGUGCCUGGCUCAGCGGCCCCGGGGCCGAGGGGCUGUGGGAGGACGUGGGGUCGGUGCCCCGGGGCCGCAGCCGCUUUCCCAGCACCCCCCCGGCCCGUGAAGCCCCUUCCCCAGAUCCUUUUGGGGAGCCCCCGCCGUGGGUCAGGCCCCGCAGCCCCAGCGGGGACCAUCACCCUCUGCCAUGCCCUUCUUCCAACUCAGCCUCCUCCUCCUCCUCCUCGCCGGCCCCUGCCAGCGGGGGUGAGUCCUCCAGCCCCUCUCCAUGGACCUGCCAAGGGUCGGGGACGAGGCUGAUGGAGGGCAGCACAGCCACAGCCGCCCCGCUGCAGCCUGAGCCGGACCCCCUCCCAGUCUGGCCCAGUGCAGCCCCCCGGGAGGUCCCGCUCGUGGCUCCCCCUCGUCGCUCCCGCACCAAGCGGCCGUCGGCUGGUGUGGCCGUGGGCAGCAACACUGACCUGUCUCGCUCACUGAGCCCCUCUCCCUCCUGGAGCUGCGGCCCCUCGCACUCAGCGCCCGCCAGCCUGGGCGAACGCGGCUUCUUCGCCGUCUCCCAGCCGGCGCUUGGGCUGUCUCGAGGUCCCAGCCCCGUGGUGCUGGGCUCGCAGGAUGCGCUCCCCGUGGCCACCGCCUUCACCGAGUACGUCCACGCGUACUUCAAGGGUCGUGACACCGACAGCUGCCUGGUGAAGGUGACAGGGGAGCUCACCAUGUCCUUCCCCGCCGGCAUCGUCCGUGUCUUCAGCGGGACUGUGGCUCCCCCCGUGCUCAGCUUUCGCCUCCUCAACGCUGGCGCCAUCCAGCAGUUCCUGCCCAAGGCUGAGCUGCUCUACAGUGACCCAUCCCAGAGUGACCCCAGCACUAAGGAUUUCUGGCUGAACAUGGCAGCACUGACCGGGCACCUGCAGAAACAAGCCGAGCAGAGUCCUGCUGCCUCCUACUACAACGUGGCUCUGCUCAAGUACCAGUUCUCGCGGCUGGGCCCCGGCUCGGCGCCGCUGCGGCUCUGCGUGAGCUGGGACUGCUCGCCCGGUGCCACCCGCGUCAGCGUCGACUACGGCUACAACGCCGCUGCCCUGGCACUGCCCGUGCCCCUCGCCAACGUCCACGUCCUGCUGCCCCUCGAGGAGCCCGUGGCCAACCUGCGGCUGCAGCCCGCGGCCAGCUGGAACCUGGAAGAGAAGAGGCUGCUCUGGAGGCUGCUGGACAUCCCCGGUGCCCCUGGCCAGGGAGGCUGUGGCCGGCUCUCAGCCAGCUGGGAGCCUCUGUGUGGGCCCAGUAAGCCCAGUCCCGUGGCAGCCCAGUUCAGCAGCGAGGGCAGCACGCUGUCGGGCGUCGAGGUGGAGCUGGCGAGCGCCGGGUACCGCAUGUCGCUGGUCAAGAAGAGGUUUGCUACAGGGAUUUACCUGGCGGGAUCCUGAGCUCCAGCCGGACCCUCCGAGCCCCCUCCCCGGGCUUCCCUUAUGGUUGUGUGAACUUUGAAACACUGGUUGGAGCUGUGGAGGAGGUGCCGCAGGGUGGAAGCCUCCUUCCUCCUCCUCCUCCUCCUCCUCCUCCUCGCGUCCUUUCCUCGUUCCGUGUCUGUCACCGCGUCGUCUCCUUCUGCCCGGCGGCCGAUCCCUCUCAUCCCCCCGCCCUCCACCCCCCC